GCCCUUGACCUGUUCUCUAACAAGGUGGCCAAUUCCAGCAACCCAUCCACAUCCCAUGUCUUGGAAGUGAUUGGUGAAAUCAGAAUUGACAGCUUCAGUGCAGAAGAAUGGGGAGACACUGAUUUUGUCAAGCAGUGGUUUCAGAUGAAGCUCAGGCCAUUUUUACCAUCUGUUUCAAGAGAGUUCCUGUCCUGUCUCAGCACCAAGAAUUUCAGCUGCCUGACUUACCAAGCUGUAGUGAAGAUUCUUGGAGAACAUUUUGCAGAAAUGGACAGACACCAACAGUAUAUGGUUUAUACUGAUUUCGUUUACAAAUAUCUAUCCCAAAAUGACACAUCAGAUCCUGCUUGUAUUUCCAGUUCACCUGACAGUGCAGAUUGGCUGGAAAGAAACUUUGGAAGUUUCACUGGCUUUGCAUCAGUCAAGGAUUUCCAAAGACUGUAUUUGGGCUUUUCACCGAUGGAUGCUUUGUCUCAUUUGACCAUACAUCAACUAUCAGAGGUUGCUUCUAUUCCUGGACAAUUCAACAACCCUGAAGAUGUCAAUAAACUAAUGGGCCAUGUAAACGCUAGUGAUCUAGCAAAUUUCUUUGAUAUAGUUUCUCCGGUUAUUCAGGCUCAUGAAAAUGCGUACCCAUCAUCAGUUCGUUCAGCAAUGCUCCAGCAAGUCUUUGACAGGGGGAGCCUUUCAGAUCCAUCUGUCAGUGAUGCUGAGAUCCUUGUCUGGCUCCAGCACAGACUCAGCCCCUUGUUGGCAAAUUUGUCAUUGAGUCAUGUGGAACCCUUCUUUAACAUUGUAAAAGACAAGCAAUGUGUCACAAGCCAAGAAGCAGUGAAGCUGCUGAAUGCCAUUCACUCUACACUGCAGAGCAACACACAGAGGGAAGUCUAUGUCCACAUACUCACUUCUCUUAAAGAACCAGUUCCACUACACUGUUAUAUCAACGGCAGCUUCUAUUUGUUUGUGGAAAGGUCCUUCCUUGACUUCCAGUUCCCAAAUGUAACUACCUUCAUCUCACUAACGCCAGACAGUGAAAGAUCAGAGUUGCUCAACUCAAUCCCACCCUCUGACCUCAGGGACUUGCUCAUGCGACCCAAUGUUGUUGACAACAAUGAAGCUCUCUGCACAAUUUUUGAUAACUAUGAUCAUGCUCCUGACUUCUUCGAAACACAGGAGGACAUUCCUGAUGAUGUGAGAAGAUCAAUCUUGCCCUGUGUCUGGCCUUUAGCUCUGAGCAGUGAGAAUGAAACAGAGGUUGAUCUUUGGUUUGAGAAGAGACUGAAGUCCUACCUGACAUUUCUCACCAAGGAUCUCAUCAGCUCCACUGAGACGUUGAAUGCCAAAUGUCUACCCUUCCAGAAAAUCGUAUUUGUUCUUGGAGACAAGAACGUGUAUAACAAUUCAGAUUUUACAGAGGAAGAUGUGUAUGACACCAUUAAGACUUAUCUCAGCACUGGAACAAAACCCAAGUGUUAUGAUGCUACUCAUCCACAACUGAAUUCUAAAGCUUGGUUUGCAAAUUACAUCGGGGGGUUCAUAACAUUCAUUACUCUGGACGAUCUCUUAGCAUUUGGUACUUCAGAACAGCUGCAAGUCUUCUCUACAAACCUUGACAACUUGGCGCUCUUCAAUCAUUCCAGCAUUCCUGGAAAUGUCUCAUCCCAUUACACUGAGCUCAUUUACUUAGAAGAUGCCAACUUUAACCCCAUGUUACUUCCAGUGGAUUUCCGAUGUGUUGCCCCAGGCCCAGCUUAUUCACAAUUAAGCUCAGUUCAGAGCAUGAUCAUUCUCCACAGCCUAAACCAGUCCUGCAGUGAACUUGACCCAUCGGUAUCCGCAGCUCUGGCUGGAAAUUUUGAAACAGUCAACUCGGAUGUAAUCGCAGCUCUUGGACAAGAGAGUGUUGGGCUCUCAACUGGACAGAUUACAUCAGUUCCACCAUCUGAUAUUGUAUCAUCUCUUACGACACUGAGUUCUGUGACAGGCUGGAACCAGGGGCAGUCAAUAGCCAUUGUAAAAAUGUUGCUGAAAGGCAACUUUGCGAUAAACAGUGCUUUGCAACUACUGCAACUUGGAUCACUAGUGAUGGGUGUCUCAUCCAAAGUAAUCGAAAACAUUGCCUCCAAUGAAAUUCUACAAACAUCUCAGAAUCCAAGCUUCAUUACAAACAUUCUGGCUGCCCCACAAAUCAUACAGUACACCUAUGUCAACAAGAUUAUCAGCAUCAACAGCAACCCAGAAAUUCUACUGGAAAAUGUCCCUAGUGCUAUGACAACAGAAAUUCCACGGACACUGCUUCAGUUCUCCACUGAAUCAUUUGAAAAAGUUAACAAGAACAAAUGGAAAUAUGAACAGGCCGUUCUGUUCUUUGAUACGGUGGCUACUGGUUUCAGCGAUUCAAAUGAAAUUUCAACAACGGUGUUACAAGGAUUCUCAUGCACCCGGGUGCAGACAUUCUCCAGAAAAAAAGUCCAAAGACUUAUCAAAGCCUGCAGAAGAAGGGGUGUGGUUCUGAGGGAAACCCAGUUAACCUGCAUGUACAAUUAUAUCAAAGACUUUGACACAGACAGCUUCCUGGAAUAUCCACCUGAUAUGCUGCUGUAUUUCAAUUACAAUGCUGUGCGGAGCAACUGCAAAGCAUAUUUUUCAGAAAUUGGAUAUGCAGAUUUUUCUAUUUUUUCUGAUACAUUGCAGAAGAAAAAAUCCACUUUGUUCGAAAAUGCCAAGAGCUGCCUUGGUAUAACAGGAACAAGUAUCAACAGAGAAAAUGUGGAAAUAUUGGGCAACAUGUGCUGCACACUGGAUGGGUCCUUCAUUGAGAACUCUGACUCUUUGAUACUUGAGAAACUGAAGAAAUGCAGAGACCUCUCAGAGGUACAGGCUGAAUCUGUUCAGAAGACUUUGAUGACUGGAAACACCCAGUACGGACACCCUUCAACAUGGAACUUAAAAACCUUGAAAGAUCUGGGAAUUCUACCAUUGUACAUGAAAAGUGACUUCUGGCGUCAAUUCAAAAUGAGGGAAAAAAGAAGAUUCUUCAAAUAUUUCAUGAGAGCACGGAGAACAGACAAAACAGAAAGGAGAAAAUUAAAAAGAUUUUUCAGAGAAUACAGAAAGUCCUUACGAUCUAAACGUGCAGCAGAGAGCAACUGCAGUGUUGGCAGUAUCACUCAAGCUGUUAUAAGUGAUGAUGCCUUCCCCGCUGGAUAUGAUGAGGAACAGUUCAGCGCUUGUUUGAGUGCUACAGCUGUGAAACACAAUCUGGCAGGCCUUGAUCUGAAAGUGAAUGACGAUGAUUAUUCAAAGAUCAUUAUGGACAAACUGAAUCAGGCAUACCCCACAAACAUUCCAGAGGAAGUGAUUCAAGUGAUGGGGUCAGUUUCUCGGGCAGCCUCAGUAGAUGAGAUAAACAACUGGAAUAUCACCAAACUCGACACUCUUGCUGCUUUGAUGGUAUCAGAUAAUGGCGAGUGGGAACCAGAAAAGAGUAAAGCCAUCCUCACCAAGUACUUAAGCAUUGCAGACAACAUUCUGGGGACUGAGGAAUUGAAUGCUAUAGGAGGGACAUACCUGUGCACCCUUGAUACCAGUGUCCUGAAGGGUAUCCCCUCAAGUAGCUUGGGGAAUGCAAAUUCUUUGAACUUAUUGAAUUGCACUAUUGAGAAGAAAAGAGUCUUAUUCACGACUGCCAACCAAGCAUUCAGAACCCGAAGUACCAUCUCAUUGACUGAGUACCAACUCAUGGAAUACGCUCUUGGUGGUGCUCCAGAGGAUUACAUUCAGAGACUGGCAGCAUCCAAUGUUAGCAUGGAUAUUUCAACAUUUAUAGAAUUAGACGGAGAUGUUAUUAAUGCUCUAAUGGUGGAAAACGUGAAAUCACUUUUGGGUCUAAACCUUGGUGAUUUGAAGACCUUUGAGGACCAUAACGUUAUAGCAGGCUGGAUUACAAAACAAUAUCAAUCUGACUUGAAUAGUCUGGGCUUGAAUAUCACUGGGGGCAAAGUUGACCCUCUUCCAACAGGAGUUGGUGUUAUCACUACCACACUAGGAGGAGGAACCACAAUAACAACAAGUGGUUCUGAUGGAUCAUGUGCAAAAUCAUCCCAUGUUCUGCAUCUUUUGCUUGUGUUGGCAUUCACUACAAUGCAGAUACUACAGUGAUUUAUGAAUAACAUUUGCUUGCAGUUUCUUCUUCUUUACCUCUGCUACCAUAGUGAAGUAUUGUAUAUAAACAAAUAAUCAGUAAGUUCAUGAUACACCUAUUCUCUUAGUGGGUGUUUAAAAAUUGUUUUUAAAUAAUAGUUUAUUUACCUUUUGUUAUCUAACCUGGCUGCUAAAUGGUGCAAAAUCAGAUUUGAUUACUGGUAACAAAAACGAGUGGAAUUAAGUGUUUCUACAUUUGCAUACAUUGUAGCGCUGAACAUAUAUUGAGGUUUUCCUAAAUACAAAGGAGAGACUUUUAAUUCAGCAGUGUUUCAAUAUAGAUAACUAAACAAAUAGAUAACACUGCACAAAUUAAAUUUUGAAUCUGAAAUACAUUUGUCUGUAUAUCAAAUAAAGAAGGCUAUAUAUGUA